AUGCCAAAAGCAAUUAGUUCUCGUGUGACCAAAACCAUCACAAAUUUAACAUUAAAUAUUAAAUGGAUCGAAAAACAAAGGCAAGAAAUUAAAAGAGCUUUCACCAGAGCCAAUAAUCCGGGAGGAACCCAUGGCCGAAAUUGCUCCAAAAAUCUGAAGUGGCAGCCCAAAACGAAUGCUCAGUACAUAUUAAACGUUGAUGGUAUCUUCAAACACAGCGACAACCUAGCUGGAGGUGGCGGAGUCCUAAGAGAUAGGAAUGGAAACUGGAUUGCUGGUUGCGCUCAGAGGUUUCGUGCUACAACAGCCUUGGAAGCCGAAUGGAAGGCCUUGACAAUGGGAGUGCAGUGGGCCAAAAGCAAGGGUUACAGGGAUUGUGAAAUCCAAACUGAUUUCGAGAGGAUUGCCAACUCCAUAAGCAACAACUCCUGGACCAGAAAUGGACAAGAUCACGCUUUUGACUUUCUUAGGAAGAAGAUCAUGGAACAGGGGGUUGACAGAGUUGUCCAUGUUUAUCGUGAGUAG